ACUAUACUAUUCCAGUUUGCAUCACUCCCCCAGCUCUCUUCUUCUUCUUUGAGACCCCUCUCUCAUUAUGGAAUCACAUUCCUCAACAAUACUAGCAGUUCUCACUCUUCUGGUGUCACUGUCUGCAGUUAGCUUGGCCUCAACUAAUUCAUGUAACUUCCCAGCCGUAUUCAACUUCGGCGACUCAAACUCCGACACCGGUGGCUUGUCUGCAGUCUUCGGCCAGGCACGUUCACCUCACGGCGAGUCCUUCUUCCACGGCCCGGCUGGCCGGUACUGUGACGGCCGCCUCGUCAUUGAUUUUAUAGCUAAAAGCCUUGGACUACCAUAUCUUAGCGCAUAUCUCGACUCGGUGGGAAGCAACUUCACUCACGGAGCCAACUUCGCGACGGCCGGAUCGACCAUCCGGCCUCAGAACACAACCAUUCAACAGAGUGGGUUUAGUCCCAUCUCCUUAAACGUUCAGUACAACGAGUUCUAUGAUUUUCUUCCUAGGUCCCAAGUUGCUCGGAAUCGAGGUGGAGUUUUUGCACAACUAAUGCCUAAAGCUGAGGAUUUCUCUCGUGCCUUGUACACCUUCGAUAUUGGUCAGAACGACUUGACAGCCGGUUUGUUCUUGAACAUGUCCGUCGCCCAAGUUAAAGCAUUUGUUCCUGAUGUACUCGAUAACUUCAAAGACGUCGUCAAGUAUGUACACAGUCAAGGAGGUAGAUUUUUCUGGAUACACAACACGGGACCGGUCGGUUGUCUACCCUAUGUAUUGGACCGCCUACCGGUCUUACCCUCGGAGGUGGACCGCCACGGGUGCGCCACACCUUUCAAUGAACUUGCUCAGUUUUUCAACCGUGGAUUAAAGCACGCUGUGGUCCAGUUAAGGAAAGAGCUACCUUCGGCUGCAAUCACAUAUGUUGAUGUUUACAAGGCCAAGUUCAACCUCAUUAGCCAACCACAAAAGCAUGGAGUUAAAGAACCGAUAAGAGCAUGUUGCGGCCAUGGUGGGAAGUACAAUUUCAAUCCGCACCUUGGAUGUGGAGGAAAGAUCAAGGUUCAUGGCAAAGAAAUAUUAGUGGGAAAGUCAUGUAAAGACCCUUCGGUUUGGGUAAAUUGGGAUGGGGUACAUUACACUCAAGCAGCUAACAAAAAGAUCUUCGAUCAGAUUGUAGAUGGUUCAUUUUCGAACCCUCCAGUUCCUUUGAAAAUGGCUUGCCAUAAGCACCAUUAAACGAAAAAUUAUUUUAAGGUUCCGAAUCAUAGUACACGUGAUUGUCUAGAUAAAAUCAUUGAUCCAUUGAACCACAUGCGCGACUCUUUCUCUGUAUCGUUCGAUUUUGUAGGAUGUCAUGUUCUUGAAUGGAUCACGUGGGACUCUUACAUUGUUCGAAUAAUAAAAUUACUUACAGGCUUGCUUGCUUGAA